CCUUGUUAGUUUUGUUUGCCGAAUUAGUCCGGAACAGUUCGCGGAUUCUCGCUUUCGACAAAAACUUUUCGUUAGUCCGACCAAUCGUAGCAUCACAAAACAUCAAAUUGAACGAAAAAUUACGUCAAAAAUCACAGAAAAUUUCAAGCACAACAGUCAGAUUCCGAACAAAAUGUCAUCCGUUGCCGAAUCGGGCAAAAUUUUACGAGAGGAAGGACUGCAAUCACCAUUCAGAAGAUCGUCACGCUUGGCCCUUCGGCAGCAUAUUCUAGAUCAAAUUCCGGAUACUCAAGCUCUGAAGUCGCGUGGUUACCUUCUCGGGCGGCGAAUUGCAAAAGGAACGUUUGCAACGGUUAUGCGUGCUAAAUACUAUGAACCAAAAACCGGUGAUGGCCUGCAGACACCAUUGAAUCUAGCUUGCAAAGUAGUUGACGAAGGCAAAUCAAAAGAUGUCGAUUUUCUGACAAAAUUUCUUCCACGUGAGUUGAAGAUUCUUGGCCGAAUCGACCAUCCCAACAUAAUCCAAACGCACAGCAUCAUGCGAAGAGGUGGCCGGGUUUAUAUCUUCAUGCGACUGGCCGAACGAGGGGAUCUACUAAGUUACAUUCGAAGACACGGUGCCCUAGCGGAAGACCAGUCGAGGUUUUGGUUUUAUCAAAUGGUAGAUGCUAUACAGUACCUUCACCAAAUGGACAUUGCCCAUCGGGAUCUAAAGUGCGAAAACAUUCUUAUUUCCAAAAACAUGAACAUCAAGCUGUCCGACUUUGGAUUUGCACGUAACUGCAUAGACGAAACCAGUAAUGCCAUUUUCUCGAAAACUUUCUGCGGAUCUGCAGCUUACGCAGCGCCUGAAAUUGUUGGUGGGAAACCCUAUCGACCUAAAGCGGCCGAUCUGUGGUCACUCGGUGUGGUGUUGUUCAUUAUGCUGAACGGGACGAUGCCCUUCGAUGAGAAAAACUUAAAAAAGCUGGUACGAUGCCAGCUCGGACGACAGUUCCAGUUUCUACCGGAAGUAGAGAAAGUCAUUUCGCUCGAUGCGAUUCGGAUGGUGCGUAAUCUUCUGGAUCCGGACCCGGUCGAUCGCAUCAAUAUUGAUGAGGUGAUGAAAGAACGAUGGGAGGUGAAAGUUGUUGCUAAUAAAAAUUAA